GUCAUUAGGUUCUCGCUCGGAGCUACAGGCAGAACACACACACCUCUCACCCGGACCCGAAACCAAAUCCAAACCGAAACCCAGAUCCAGAUCCAGUCCUAACGAUGGCCGACGGCUUUAAGAAGUACUUCAAUGGGACAACCAUCAAUGGACGCGCCAACGUGGCCAAGGCCACAUACGCCACGUUGGCCCUGUUGUUCAUCGUGUACAAGCUGCGUCGCGGAUCCGGCAAGUCCGGCGAGUUGGCCAGCGGCAAGUGCAGCUGCGAGUCGGACCACGACUCGUCCCUCAAUGGCGACGUUGGCGUCUACGGCGUGGAUCCCGACUGCUCCGUUUGCCGGGAGCGAUCGGAGCGGGCCAUGACCGAGUUCGAUCGCGAGCAGCAACGCCGGGCGGCGGGCGAGAAUGACAAUGGCUGUCGCGACGAUCCGCCGCCGCCACCACCACCCGCAUCGGGGGGAUCCGGCUCAGCUCCGCGCCGCAAGUGUCCUUGCGAGGAGCCGCAGCGGCGGGCGGAGGGAGCGGUGAAGCAUAGCAGCCACAUCAGCAAGGCACGUGGUCAGCAGACCCAGCCGCCAUAUCAGUACGAACAGUACUCGCAGCCCGAGGCAGAGCAAGUGCGUCCGGCUAGCCAAGUGAUGGGUCAGGUGCACGACGCCUUCUACAGGGUGCUGCGUGGAGUCGUGGGAGCUGUGUUGGGCAAUGCGGCGGUCAACACCAGCGGCACCGCUUCUGAUGCCUCUGCUCAGGCAGCUGCAGUGGAAGUCUCGCGGGAUGAGCUGGACGAGGACGAGCGUGACGACGGCCAGGAUGAUGAGACGCCGUUGAAGCGCCGCACGGCACCGCGCUCCUGCGUGCCCACUGGUAGCCAAGAGAACGCCUCGGGGCAGCCGGAGGAACUGGGACGGGAACAGGCGGGCGCCCAGCCGCAGGCGGAGGAACAGGCGGAGUACAGCGCCUUCAGCGAUGGCUUCGCUUCCGGCCUGUACUUCACCAGCGAUGAGAAGUAGUUGGCGAGUUGACGAGGUCAGGGCGUAGGCUUCUUUCGAUCUGCUAAAUUUUUAGUCUAAAUAAAUAAAAAUAACUUUUUUGAUCUCGU